CUAUUCGGCCAAAAUUAGAAGUACCAGUACGGUGCUCCGGACAGCACUGGUUACAGGUUGACUAGACAGAUCUAACAGUGUUGCCAACUCCUCAGUAUGGAAAGUAGCUAUUGGCGGUUCGUUUUUUAAUUUAUUUUUAUUUGUCGCUAGAGGGGUCUGAAUACUAGCUAAAUAUAGCGACAAAGUCGCUAAGUUGACAACACUGCGAUUCUAGAAUCAGCUUUAUCCAUCUCGAUAGACCAGACUGCCCAGAAGCUCAUCACCCGGAGCGGAAGCUCACCUUGGAAAUGUUGCCGUGGUAACGCCGGUGACUAAAACAUGUCUGCAAAAGCGAAACAAAGCAACAAGUCAGCGGAUAAAAAUGCAAACGAUAGAAAUGACGUUGCGUCCAAAGAAAAUGAUGCUGAAAAAGCCAACCCUCAAUGGAAACUUAUUUCCCAUGAACAAAUCAACACGCUGUUGGAUUUGACAGUGGAACAAGUGCAAUUCCAGUUUGAAGAAAUACUUGGUUUGAAGAACUACCAGACGUGUCUGAAGGAGGCUUCCCUGUUGGACUACUUUGUCUCUGGCUUCUGGUGGACCAGGGAGAUGAACUACACCUGUCAACAGAUCUCAUUCAUCAUGGCUCUACUGCAAUUGUUACUGGACAAUAUCAGUGAAAAGCAGAUGCCGUUUGUUGAUAACCUGAAUGAGUUUGCCAAGAUGAUAUCAGGAACGCGCCAGUCUCCUUCUCCAGAGGUUGACUCACUGUUUGAUGCUGAGCAGGCCAUGUCCAUCACUGACUACCUGAAGUGCAGUCUCUUUCAGAACUACCAACUCUAUGAGUUUCUCUUCAGCCAACCUAGAGAGGAGCUGCUCCUUGGGAAGAAGAGGACCAUAGAGGUGAUCAGCUCAGCAGACUUUGUAGCCCCGUUGGAAGAAGGCAUGAAUACGGAUGACUACCUCCAUUACAUGACUCCUGUUGAACAGCAGGAAGAGAGGACCAGCCAGGAGGAGGAUGGAGAGGUACCAGGUGAAACGGCUCUGGAGCAGGAGAAGGAGAACAAGGCUACAGGGUUGGAAGGAUACAACGUUCAGGAUGUCAAAGACGUGCUGGGAGACAUGACCAAAGAGAUGCUGGGAACCCUACAGGCUGAAUUCACAGAGAAGCUGAGAGUCCAGGAGGAGAGUUUCAGUACCAGACUAGAACCACUGAAACAUUCUGCCUGCAAAUAGCUACAAUACGGCAGGGUAGCCUAGUGGUUAAAGCAUUGGACUUGUAACCGGAAGGUUGCAAGUUCAAACCCCUGAGCUGACAAGGUACAAAUCUGUCGUUCUGCCCCUAAACAGGCAGUUAACCCACUGUUCCUAGGCCGUCAUUGAUAAUAAGAAUGUGUUCUUAACUGACUUGAAACACAUAACAUAUCCACUAUGAACACAAUACACCUCAUAGUAUAACAUAUCCACUAUGCACACAAUACACCACACAGUCUAUAAUAGAUCCACUAUGAACACAAUACACCACACAGUCUAUAAUAGAUCCACAAUACACCACACAGUCUA